AAUGCGUCUUGGUCAACCACCACCAAGAAAUGAAACAGCCUAUGAGAUUUGCCUUGCGUCGUUUCAGAUCCUUGCAAGGUGGAUGACGUAGCAAGACGCGCAAUGUGUAUAAAGUGAUGUCUUCAGCACAGUCUUUCGCUCUGCUAGAUUGCAAGAUAAACAAGACGAUAAACGAUACAGCAGAUUCCGCAUAAUUUUAUUUGAUAUUCUUCACAAUGGAGUGGACUAAGGCUACCUAUAACGAGCAGUACGAGAAGUGGGUUCCUUGGAUAGAGGACGUUUAUCUUCGUUGGUUCACCAAGGACAACAAGACAAGCUAUGCCGCCAAGCAAAACCUCGACAAGACCAAAGUCACUGGCAUUGAACAAGUCGACACUCUCCAAGAUGGCGUCCAUAACCUUGCCGCCGGCCAAGUCGGCCAAGGAGGUCUUCUUCAACCCGUCGGCGACCUUGCAUCAAAGGAGGGCGUGAACCGCGCCGAGCGACAAGGCCGUGAUGAGAACGGCGGAUACGUCAACAAGGAUGUUCCAGGCUCUGGAGCCAUGAACAGCACCGCGAAUGCUGUUGUCGGUGGAGGCCAGGGUGCUGCCCAGGGACUACAAGAUGUUGGAAAGGGUGUUGGUAACACCGUUGGCGGACUGCUUGGUGGUAAGAAGGAGUAAAUAAUUUCGAUUCUUCCUUUUGGUGUUUUGGUAAUGGACUUGGAUAAAGGGCUGGGUAUACCCUUCGGCUUCAUGGUCUCGGUAAAGGAUACGAUACAGGGUACGGAUAAGCGGUACUGUUAUGUGAAUGCUUAAUUAUUAUUGGUAAAUACCACGGAGCAUACUCUAUGCUUCAAUACAGAUUGAUCCCCCCAACAUCAGCUCUUCUUUCCUGACAAGCCGUGAAUGAGCAGGGCCAAGUCAACUGACAAGGAACGUGGAUCCAGUAACUUGGUAUUUAUUUAGUGAUUAUUAAUUUUGCUAUAAACUUGUAAUGUACUUGUUGGGUAUCCAAGUAUCUCAACCAAAUCAAGGAAUGUUUUAGUAAAUCAGGUUCUGUUCCAUCAGCCCAGCAGGGUCCGUAGAUCACUGCCAAGUUUCAUGUGAUACCAACGCAACCAAUCAGCAGCCCCAACUUAAAAGAGUGACACACUCCUAAACGCUGGUUCCCUCAUUCUUACCGGCGUGAGCCUCAGAAUCAAUGGUAGUCUCAGGGUUGUUGGCAUAGUCAUCCUCACCACUGAGCUCCUCAAGAGUCUUACGGGCAGUCUCAGGGAUAAGGAGAGUAGUGAAGAUACCGAGAAGCAUGAAGAGAGCGUAGAUCUCGAGGACGUGGUCCAUCCAGGGGGCCUCGUUCUUGUCGGUGGCACCGUGGGUGCGGAGGAUGGAGAUGGCACCCUGGCCAAUGAUGGAACCAAUCUUUCCUGAGGCAGCGGAGAUACCAUGGGAGGUAGAUCGGUAGCGGGUAGGGAAGACCUCACCAGGGACGAUGAAAGUGGUAGUGUUAGGGCCUGUAGUUGUUAGUAUACGUUUUUUCGUGGGAGGAAUAAAGACAUACCGAAGUUGAAGAAGAACUGGGC